CUUUGGUCUCGCGCAUAGAGAAAUAAACUAACCAACCAUUUCGUGUGUUUGUCUCGCUCGCGCUUUUCAAGCGAGGUGUGGUAGUGUUUUGCAUGUGUUUUGUAUCGGCUUCCGAAAUGUCUAACAAAAGAAACAAGGACAUCCAAGACCAAGAAAGUGAUAUUGAUGAAGAACAGGACUCGGGAAGUGAACGAGACUCAGAUCUUGAUUCGGAUGGAAAUUACGUUGGCGACAAAGAGCUGCAAGCUGACUUUGAAGGACGGAAUCCUGAGGAUUGCGAUUUUCAUGGCAUCAAACAACUGCUGCGUCAGUUGUUUUUGAAAACCAAUGUUGAUUUAGGAGCUUUGGCUGAAAUUAUUAUUUCACAGAACUACAUUGGUAGCGUUGUGAAGCAAUGUCUGGAUGAACCAGAAGAAGAUGACGAAGACGAUGAUGGCAGCGAUGGAGUAUUCGGGAUCACCACUGUAAUAAAUAUUACCAAGAGAAAAGAUGAAAAGUGUAUUGAACAGAUCAGAAGCUUACUGAUAACCCUGGCUGAAGAGAAUGCUAACGACAAAACAAAAGCAUUAAUCAAAAAGAUUCUUGCAGAUGACUCCACACAAGUUGGUUUCAUUAUAAAUGAAAGGAUCCUCAACAUUCCAGCUGCAAUUAGUGUUCCACUGUUUUCAUCAUUGCAGUCUGAAUUAGAUAAAGCAGUCCGAAAAAACAUGCCAUACACAUUCCAGUACCUAGUGUGGAUAUGUAAAACCUACAAUACUGGAGAGCAAUCAUCGGAAGUGUUAUUUGCGAAUCAAGAAGAGAAACCAAUAGCAGAUGAGGCCCUAGCUAGUUUUGAUGUAGAUGUGACCGAGCAAGCUGAUCUCUCACAAUGGGAUUAUGAGGGAGGCGCUUUGACACCUUGCAGAAAGAUUCUCAUUUUCGACGGCUUGAAGUUCAAUCACCUAGUUAGACUUAUAAAGGAAGAAGUGGAGGCUGUUUAAUUACUGUGCUUUACUAUAUCACUGUGCUAGCGACAUGUAUGCCAAUAUGCCAUUCAAUACAUUGUAUUUAUAUUUUUAUUAUCACUUAAUAUAAG